AUGGACAUCCUACAAAAAGAAGUAUACGAAACCACCCCACCAAUCUCCCGAAUCGCAACCAAAGCAUCCGUCAAACUCAUCUCCCCACAAGAUAACGACUCCAAUUCCAACUCCAAUUCCAACUCUGGCCCAUCUACAGAAAUAUACGAAGGCCGUUAUGUCCUUGAACCAUGGAGUCCUACAUCGCGAGGUACAUACGGAGGAGAUCUCAUCUGUCAAGGCUUAAACGCUGCCUGGCAAUCAGUCCUCUCUAGAUCCAAUGCAGAUGGGUCCUCGUUCCAACCACAUUCAUUACAUGCAUAUUUCGUUAAAGCUGGUUCAACUGAGAGUCUUAUGCGAUGGGAAGUUAUUAAAGUUAGUGAUUCACGGAAUUUCGCCAAUCGGUGCGUCUUAGGGUAUCAGUCACAUAAUGAUGUAUUGGUAGUCACGAUUCAAGUAUCAUUCACAAAAGAUAACGAUAUAAUUCAUAAGCAAGUACAAUUUGAGAAACAAGUUGCGUCUGGUGAAACCCCCAAGAGUUGGCCCGUAGUGUUUAAACGACACCCAGGUCCUAUGUUUUACCAAUAUCGAGAUAAUUUACACGCAUUAGAUGUAAGAACAAUGUAUUAUAGUGGUCAUUUGACUCAUGGCAUACCCAAGGAAUUUUUCCAAUCUAGUAAAGAUUUCAAUUUGGCAACUACUGGUGAUGAAGAACGUGGUUUUUUUGUUAGAAUCAAUGAUGAUUUAACUGCAAAUAUACCAGGAAGUGGAUCUAGUGCUAUGCAUCCUCCUUCGUCGAGUGAAUUGAUGCGCCGUAAGUAUUUGGCUCUAACGUAUGCUAGUGAUGCAUUUUGGGCCGCGACAUGGAUCAAAGCAUUGGGAUUACCAUUGGGGACUACUGAUGCCGCAAAUGUAAGUUUAGAUCAUACGUUAUAUUUCCAUGAUUCAAAUUUCCAAAUCGGCAAACGCUCCACAAGUUCCAAGGAAGGAGAUUCUACCGAUGCGUCAGAUUGGCUUUAUUUGGAAACUCAAUUUAUAUCAAUGGGAAAUAAUCGAGUCCUAGCAAUUAUUAAUUUCUAUACCUUGGAAAAUGAUGGGACUUUGAUUGCAACUGCUGUUCAAGAAAUGUAUGGAUUUAUACCUAAAAAGGUUGUUGAAAAAUCACGUCAAUUGCAUGAAAAAUGUCAAGGGAAAUUGAGUUUAGGUGGGGAUGAUGAGAAGAAAUUACAACUGAAUGGUGGUGCUAAGUUGUAG